CUGUGUCUCCCUCUCCAUGUCUCUCCCUCCUAAUCUCUCUGUCCCUGUCUCUCUCUCACACACACCAUCUGUGCCAGAAACAUGCCCUGUUUUCUGCCAGUAUUGUGCCAACCCCUCCACCUUUGCAAAUACGAUAAGGGCAGAGCUGCAAGAACUCUCCCUGCUCUGCUAAUGGUUAACCAGAUAAUGCCUUUAGAGGGGCGGGAACAAAACACUUUUUAGCACUUUUUUAUAAUCUGAACUCAAUUUGAAGAAGACGCUAAAUGGAGGAGUCAACCCAGAAACAGUUCGAAAACGAAGAUCCUGAUGAAAAGGAAGGUGGGAUCCGGCGUAGACUGAGAGACAGAGAUCUCCUGAGGAAGAGGAGGGUCGAGGCAGAGCAGAAAGCUACUAACCAGUGGGUUUAUUGGAUGGAGAGCAGGAAGAAGAGAGCGAGAGGGGAGGACCAGGGCGGCUCAGGGAAGCGAGGGAGACCAAAGAAGGCCGAGGCGUUACCUGGGCUCCUGGCCGCUGAGGAGGAACUGGGACCCUUACCGGACCCGCAACCGGAAGCUCUUCCUGCUGUCGUGGAACCCUUGGGUGUGUCCAUGACAACCAGCAUGUCAUCGCUACCCACCCUCCCUCCUGAGAAGCCCACUCGCCCAGGGCCACAGCCAGCACAGGUCCCCAGACCCCCGGCCCCCCUACCUGUCUCUAGCCCUGCCCAGGGCCCACCUAAACCUACCCCAUACAGCUCUCUGCCCAUGCCAAGCCCAGCCCCAGCCCUUCUACCUGUCAUUGUUCCUUCCCUGGCCCCUGACUCUGCCUCUAUCCUCGCCCCUGUCCAAGCCUCUACCUCCACCCCUGCCCCUGUGCUUGCCCCAGCGUCUACCGUCACCCCAGCCUCUGCCCUCACCUCUGUCUUUACCCCCACCCUUGCCCCGGAUUCUGCUUCUUCCCCUGCCCUGGCCCCUAGUUUUGUCAUGACCCCUGCCCCUGCCUCUCCACCUGCCUCUCCUCCUGCCCCUGCCUCUCCUCCUGCCCCUGCCUCUCCUCCUGCCCCUGCCCCCGUCCCCAGCCCUGGGGAGACCCUGUACUCAGAGCCUCCAGAGGGUGACAGGCUGGCACCGGUCCUGCUGGAGGAGCUGGGCCCAGACGAGAAGCAAGACCUCUCUCCAUCACCAGACCACCCUGGUCAAGGACUGCAGGAGGAGGCCUCGUCCGUCGAGGCACCGGAGCAGAACGCAUCUUUCUCACGGCUCACGUACUCCUCUUCUGCACCCCGAUAUGAAUAUUUCCCCGGAAGUUUUUUCUGAACAACAAACCCAGAUUUGGUCUUUUGAAACCAUGAAUAUAACUUUAGGUUACUAUGACUUCAAGCCUGUUCUGCCAGACUCAUUAAGAAGAUGAAGGUAGAUGAGUAAAAAUACAAAUACAUUUUUUGUGGGGGGUUUUCAGCCUAAGAACAAAGAGGAGAAAUGGAUGGAAACAAUAGGGUGAAUGUAAUGCAAUGUGCUUUCAUAAAACUCGCAAUAUAGGGCUGAAUUGAAAAAACCCCCAUUCUGCUGUAUUUUUUUUGCUUUAUGUUACAGAAGUGUAUCAUCUAUGAUUAGUUAUAGGGCAGAUUUCUAGUAAAGUUUUAAUAAAAUAAGAUGUGUUAUUAACUUUGUAUAGAUACAUUGUUUAUGUGCACCAUAAUACAAUCUCUUUUGAUUUUGAUAAACAGCCUGGCUUUUCAUUUGUUGCCUACAAAGGACAGGCUUGCUCAAUACUGCCCUCUGCUGCAAUUUCUGGAAUGGUAAAUUACAAGCAGGAGUUAGAAACUGGUCGUCCAACAAAUAAAAUUGAGUCAUGUACUUCCGUGAAUUUGCACACGUGUUACGGUUGGUCCUUGGAUAAACAACUAUCCGUUACACUGUCAUCUUUGUUCUAUUACCUAUUUUAAAAUAACGUAUGUUAUCAGUCUCGACAAGCAAGAUGUCUCAUACGUGCUGCUAUUGUCGCGAACAUCUCAACAAACUUAACGAGCAAGUGUCUGUCAUGCGAAAAGAAAUCAAUAAUCUUCGGCAGGGUUUGGAUUCCGCCGUCCGAGCCCAUCGGAAACACAUGGUAUCUCUCCGGUCUGCCCUGUCAGAUGUUGGCCAGGUCGGUUUUCAGACCAGAGAGCCAACAUCACGUAAAGUGGAGCCGACACACCUUGCGUUAGAACGAGGGACCAUCCAGACAGUCCCUAUCGGCUACAUCAGCUCCUGUUUCUCCCUGAAGAGCGGUACACCCAGGCAGCCCACCCUCUGCGGAGCGUCCAGGGCCACGCUUCAGGUCCAGCAGAGUCUCUUUUCCAACCCCGAGCACUCCCUGGUUGGCCUGGAGCAAUUCUCCCAUGUGUGGGUCAUCUUCCUGUUCCACAAGAACGGCCAGCUGAGCUGCAAGGCUAAAGUGAAACCUCCGCGGUUGAACGGCCAGAGGGUCGGGGUGUACUCUACCCGGAGCCCCCACCGCCCCAACGCCUUGGGCCUCUCCCUGGCCCGGCUGGACAGGGUCUGUGGUGACAUUCUCCACCUGUCUGAGAUCGACAUGAUUGAUGGGACUCCAGUUCUGGACAUCAAACCCUACAUCCCAGACUAUGACUCCCCACACAGCAGAACCUACCCAGACGAGGCGCUCGGUGUGUCGUCGGAUCAGGCAACCGAUGCAGUCACCGUAACUACAGAAACAGGAAGUGUUACUUCUUCUAUGGUGGCUGGGUCAGGAUGUCCUUCAUCUGUGGUUUGUGAGUUGGACUCUGAUUGGAGAGGAAGUGGGCCGAACCCGGACCCUAGAAAACUCCUGUCAAAAGACGAAUCUAAGGGUCAUACUUUAAGUGGAAAUUAUCCAUCUAACUUCUCUGCUGCAAGCUCAGAACGGGCUCUAUCUGCCUCCCAUCCCAGCAUCCUCAGUGCUGUCCUGGAGGACCUUAAAGCUUAUGUCACCCAGGGAGAUGCUGCUCUCUCCCUAGGGAGCUCCAUAGGAAAGUCCCAGGCUUCAGACAGGCCUACGGCCAAGCCAGUAGAAGCUAUGGAGGAUGGUGGUGAGCCCUGCUAUGGGGAGGAGGCCUACAGCACCAUCGCAGGCUGGAUUAGAGAGCCUCCCGUGGCCAGUCUGGAGGUGCGCUUCACCGCGCACACGGAAAAGGAGCUGGCACACUUUCUGCCUCCAGAAAUAGCAGGUCUAAACACAGAACCUCAGAGAUGCGGGCGUCCCAGGUUCCGGUUCCUGCGUGGUCCAGAAGAGGCCAGGGAAGCCAUCAGGAGCAUUUUAUCUGCUGACCCCCGGUCGGUUUACCGGAGGACUCGCUGUGAAGACCGUCUGUUCUUCUUCACCCUCGACACGGCCCACGUCACCUGCUGGUUCGGACCGGGCUUUGCUGAGGUGCUUAGGGUCCGGCCCGUAGGACCACUACACAGAACCGGACCUGAGUGACGACUUCUGGACCCAGUUAAGAAGUUCAGGAUUGUGAAAACCUUUUGGGUUUGUUUUUGUUGCAGAGAGACAUUCUGUUCUGUUCUAACAUUCUCUUAAAACUCCCUUGCCUAUUCUCUCGAACUAAAUAAAUGCUGAAAUUGAU